AGUGUUCAGAUAAAAAAAAAGGAAGUAAGCGAAGUCGUUGAAAUGAGGAAGCUUCGGUGCUCCUCCACCUCACGAUGUAUCACUACACAGACUGACUGUUGAUCAGGUCCAGCUGGAAAACACAAACAUCAGCUACUGCUGGCAGCUGAUGUGCUGGAGGACUGAAAGAACCAAACUCGAGGAGGAUCAACAGUCUGGAACUACUUCACCUCGCUGUAUACAGGUUAAUUGCAUCCUGUGGCUGAACUUUGUCCUUAAGGGAGCCACCACCCAGAAGCCAACAUGGCUGACACGGUGAAUGCAUUACCAUUCUUCUAUGGCAACAUCACCAGGGAGGAGGCGGAGGAAUACCUGCAUUUAGGGAUGAGCAACGGCUUGUACCUGCUACGGCAAAGCCGAAACUAUCUUGGAGGCUUUGCACUGUCUGUGCUGCAUUCAGGCCGCUCCUACCAUUACACCAUUGAAAGAGAACCCAAUGAAACUUAUGCUAUUGCCGGUGGUAAGAGCCACAGGACCCCUGUGGAUGUGAUUGACUAUCACUCCCAGGAGAUGGACGGCCUUGUGUGUCUGCUGAAGAAGCCCUGCAACAGGCCCAAGAACAUGCAGCCAAAGGUGGGGCCGUUUGAGGACCUGAAGGAAAAACUGAUCCGGGAGUAUGUGAAGCAGACAUGGAAUCUGCAGGGAACAGCUCUGGAGCAGGCCAUCAUCAGCCAGAGGCCUCAGCUGGAGAAGCUCAUCUCCACCACUGCACAUGAAAAAAUGCCCUGGUUCCACGGAUCAAUAACACGAGAAGACUCUGAGCCCAGGCUUCAAAAUGGCUCCCGUAUAAGUGGAAAAUUCCUAAUUCGACAGAGAGAUGUGACUGGAUCCUACGCUCUGUGUUUACUGCAUGAAGGACAAGUCAUGCAUUAUCGCAUCGACAGGGACAGGACUGGAAAGCUCUCCAUCCCAGACGGCAAAAAGUUUGACACCCUGUGGCAGCUGGUGGAGCACUACUCCUACAAACCAGACGGCCUGCUGCGAGUGCUGACAGAGCCCUGUGCAAGACCUGACGGAGACAUUGGGCUGACACGGCCACUACUCCCACGGGACCAUCCUGGAUUAACUUCUGCCCUUCAAAAUGCAGCAGGUGGAAUUCUCUACAAACUCAGAAAUGUUCCCAUACCUGGUCUAAAAAAGAGCCGGGGAUCUCGACCAAACGACACAGAUAAUCUCAACCCUUAUGAAACCAGGGUGCCCAAUAAUCAAGCAGGCAGCAAAGAGGCCAUGCCAAUGGACACAGAAGUAUAUGAGAGUCCAUACGCAGACCCAGAUGAACUAAGGAGUACUACAGUCGAUCGCAGCCAGCUCUUCUUGGAGGAUGGAGAACUGGGCUCUGGGAACUUUGGUACAGUUAUGAGGGGCAUCUACAAGAUGAGAAAGACAGAGAAGCAAGUUGCAGUCAAAAUCCUGAAGAAUGAGGAUAACAACCAAUCAGUACAUGAGGAAAUGCUGCGAGAGGCCAAUGUCAUGCAGCAGCUGGACAAUCCUUAUAUUGUCCGUAUGAUUGGCAUCUGUGAGGCAGAGAACCUCAUGCUGGUCAUGGAGCUGGCCGAUCUUGGACCUCUCAACAAGUUCCUGCAGAAAAACAAGCAAACAAGCAUAAAGAACAUCACAGAGCUGGUCCACCAGGUGUCUAUGGGGAUGAAAUACCUGGAGGAGCAUAACUUUGUCCACAGGGACCUCGCUGCCAGAAAUGUGCUGCUGGUCACGCAGCACUACGCCAAGAUCAGCGACUUUGGCCUUUCCAAAGCUGUUGCUGAGGAGCAAAACUACUACAAGGCCAAGGUUCAUGGCAAGUGGCCAGUGAAAUGGUAUGCUCCUGAGUGUAUAAACUACCUCAAAUUCUCAUCUAAAAGCGACGUGUGGAGCUUUGGGGUGCUCAUGUGGGAAGCCUUCUCCUAUGGCCAGAAACCAUACAAGGGAAUGAAAGGAAAUGAUGUCAUGCAGAUGAUUCAAAGUGGGACACGUAUGGACGCGCCAUUGGACUGUCCACUAGAGAUGUACACGCUCAUGAGGACCUGCUGGACAUACAAGGCAGAUGAAAGGCCUGGAUUUUCCGUUGUUGAGCCAAGACUACGAGAGUAUUAUUACGACAUUGCUCAGUGAUUCUUCACGUGGAUGUUAGGAGAUUAUGCAAAGCGUUGGUUGAUGAGAAAAACUGCAUUUAAUCACGUAUGAAUGACUGGAGAUAAAUAUGAUUUAUAAAUGCAGUUGUUAGGUAUUGACUUCAACUGGAGGAAUUCAUUCUAACUUUUAAACAUAGACCAUUAUGGAAUUAUGGAAUUAUUUUCAUUAUGGAAAUUACAUUUAUUUUAUUACUUUUCUUGUUCCUCCCUGAAUGUAAACUACAUGGAAGUUGUAAUAAACAUUUGCAAGUCUAGCUGGUUAUUAUGAACAAACAUUCAUGUUACAGCUGACAGGCAACACAAUAUGUGUUUCAUAAUGUGUGAAUAAAGCUGCACCAAUGCAAUGACUUCAAA